UUUGCCCUACCUAGGUCCAGCCAGUUUGUUUGCUCAUGGACAAGGAGCGCGUGUCGCAGGUAAUGCUGCUCGUCAGCUCGCAUCUCCCGCAGCGCGAUCUGUGCGCGCUGCUCUGCGUCAACACCGCCUGCCGUGGCGUGCUCUUGUCUCACGCGUCCCUCUGGAAGGCGAUCGAUUUGCAAGGCAAGAGUCAGGCCGGGAGGCGCCUGCUGGCUGCUCUCUUGCUGGCGCGGUACCAGGACGUGGAGGAGAUCAACCUGGAAUUCGGACAGGAUGUGCAAGACGAGCACCUGGCUGCUGUAAAGUGCAAGAAGCUGCAGCGUCUCAACCUUAAUGCAUGCCAGAAGAUAACUGAUGCUGGAGUCGAGGCAGUAGUCUCCGAGUGUAGAAGCAUCACGAAACUAGAGAUCUACUGGAACCUCAAGGUCACGGAUGCUGCCGUUAAAAGCAUCGUCACCAAUCUAAAGGAGCUGGAGCUUUUAAACCUCAGUGGUUGCAAGAGUAUCACGGAUCAAAGCAUGCGCCACCUCGCGGAGCACAGUCCAUCCAUACGAAGCUUGAACCUCACGCGGUGCGUGAAACUAACGGACGAGGGGCUUUGCGAGAUUUUGAACGUGUGCUUGCAGCUGGAGGAGCUCUAUUUAUACGCUCUCUCUGGAUUCACUCCCAAAUCUUUGGCUCUGAUUGGAAACCUUGAGGAACUCAAAGUCCUGGAGCUAACUGGUGCACAGGAACUUUCAUCCGACUGCUUAGUUUCGAUUUCAAAGUGCCAUAAACUCGAGUCCCUGUGUCUGAGCUGGUGCGUGAGGAUCACGGACGCUGGACUGAAAGCACUGACUUGUCCGCUCAAGCUUUUGAGCCUACACGGUAUUCUGGGUGUGACGGACGAAGGAUUGGACGCCUUGGCAUGCUACUGCUCCAAGACACUGCAUACGCUCGACGUGAACGGAUGCAUCAACAUUAAGAGACGAUCCAGGGAAGAACUGCUGCAACGCUUUCCCCGCCUCGAAUGCUUUCAAGUUCACAGCUAAGUGCCGGAGGGGUGGCGCAUAUUCGCGUGGGGUUUGAAAUGUGGAGUGGUGGCACAUUUUAGAUAGCUCACGCACUUUGGGCC